AUGGCUUUCAAGUUCCUAGUUUUUUGUGCCCUGGCGGCCGUCGCUCGUGCCGGUGUCAUCUCCGCUCCUCUGUCUUAUGCUACCCCUAUCCAGACCAAGACCCUGGUGGCGGCUCCAAUUGCCAAAACCGUUGUCGCCGCUGAUGAGUAUGACCCACAUCCGCGGUACUCGUUCUCCUAUGGAGUCACCGACUCCCUGACCGGUGACCACAAGUCACAGCAGGAGUCUCGCGACGGAGACGUAGUUCGCGGAUCCUACUCCCUUGUCGAACCAGAUGGUACCAGGCGCAUCGUUGAGCUUACGGCUGACGAUCACUAUGGUUUCAAUGCAAUUGUUCACCGGGAAACACUGCCCCCAAAAGCUGCCAUUGUAGCUCAACCUGCCAUCACUUCACUGGCCACCAAAACCAUCAUUGCCCAGCCAGCACUGGCCACCAAAGCCGUGAUUGCUCAACCGACGUUGCAUCACUAUGCUACUCCCGCGGCGUUAUAUCAACACAAGUUUACCCAGCUAAACCCUGGAGCCUUUGCUCAAGCCUUCUCUAUGCAGCACAGUUCCACCAGUUUCAUUGCUAAGUCAACAGCAACGUUAACCCAGAAAAAAAUGGCAUUUAAGUUCGUGACGUUCCUCGCUCUGUUGGCCGUGGCCCGUGCCGGAGUCAUCUCUGCCCCAGCGUUAUCCUAUGCUGCAGCCCCAGCGCUGUCCUACGCUGCAGCUCCAGCGCUAUCAUAUGCCGCAGCUCCAGCUCUGUCUUACGCUGCGCCAGCACCUUUGGCAUAUGCUGCUCCGGUCCACAAGACCCUCGUUGCUUCCCCACUUGCCAAAACCGUAGUCGCCGAUGAAUACGACCCGAACCCACAGUACUCCUUCUCGUAUGGAAUCUCCGAUCAUCUGACCGGUGACCAGAAGUCCCAGCAGGAGUCCCGCAGCGGAGAUGUGGUCCAAGGAUCGUACUCUCUCGUGGAUGCUGAUGGUCUGAAGCGUACCGUUGACUACACCGCCGAUCCACACAACGGAUUCAACGCCGUCGUGCGCCGUGAACCCCUCGGUGUGAAAGCCGUUGUUGCCGCUGCCCCCGUGGCCACCAAGACAAUCCUGGCCCAACCCGCCUACGCUUCGUACGCCGCUCCUCUGGCUACAAAGACCUUCGUGUCGCAACCUGCCUACGCUUCCUAUGCUGCUCCCGCUCUGUACCAUUAGAGACUAAGCCAACAGUUUUGUUAACAGUUGUUUGUUGACUUUUCCUUACUAUUUAUUGAAUCAUGCAAUGAGACUGGAAUAGAUAAAAUAGCAACUCAGAACAUGUAAAAUCGUA